CGCAGUGUGUGCGGCACCCACAGCAGCGGAGACCGGGAUCCUCGGGAGAAUCGGUGCCGCCUGAUACCGGGCCUGAGGCUCCGCAUCCCCCCUCGCCUCAGCCAUGAGCUUCUUCGGGUUCGGGCCGGCCGCGGAGCUGGACAUCGCGCUGACCGAUGCGGAGAGCCGCCGGCGGGUGGAGCACAAGACGGAGGACGGCAAGAAGGAGAAAUAUUUUCUCUUCUAUGACGGGGAGACCGUGUCCGGCCGGGUCACUGUCAGCCUGCGGAGCCCGGGCAAGCGGCUGGAGCACCAGGGCCUGAAGAUCGAGUUCAUCGGCCAGAUCGAGCUGUACUACGACCGGGGGAAUCACCACGAGUUUGUCUCCUUGGUGAAGGACCUGGCUCGCCCUGGAGAGAUCUCGCAGUCCCAGAGCUUUGACUUUGAAUUCACCCACGUGGAGAAGCCGUACGAGUCGUACACCGGCCAGAACGUGAAGCUACGGUAUUUCUUACGUGCCACCCUCAGUCGCCGCCUCAAUGAUGUCGGCAAGGAGAUGGAUAUCGUGGUUCACACGCUGAGUACCUACCCGGAGCUCAACUCCUCCAUCAAGAUGGAAGUGGGAAUUGAAGACUGCCUGCACAUCGAAUUUGAGUACAACAAGUCCAAGUAUCACCUCAAAGAUGUCAUCGUUGGCAAAAUCUACUUCCUCCUGGUACGGAUCAAGAUCAAACACAUGGAGAUCGAUAUCAUUAAACGAGAAACCACAGGGACUGGGCCAAAUGUUUACCACGAAAAUGACACCAUAGCCAAGUACGAAAUCAUGGACGGAGCCCCUGUGAGAGGUGAGUCCAUUCCAAUCCGGCUGUUCCUUGCAGGAUAUGAGCUGACACCGACCAUGAGGGACAUUAACAAGAAGUUCAGUGUGCGCUAUUACCUCAACCUAGUGCUGAUAGACGAGGAGGAGAGACGCUACUUUAAACAGCAGGAGGUGGUCUUAUGGCGUAAAGGAGACAUUGUGAGAAAGAGUAUGUCUCACCAGGCGGCCAUCGCCUCUCAGCGAUUCGAGGGGAGUCACCCAGAGAGCCGACCGCAACACAGCGCAGCAGCCGCCGGAGAGCCGGACAAUGAGUGACUACCUGUCCAGCAACAGACCGAGUCUCCAGUGACUAUAUGCACAGAGACUGGAACUUUCCCCACCCACCUCUUCACCACCUGUGCUAACGUGGACUCUCAGUGGGACAAGCCUGCGGAGGGAAGAAGCCAGCUUCACAUACCGGGCCGGCUGUCCAUUCCUGUAGCUGCUACUUGACAUUCAGUGAUAUGGGGGAGAGGAGCAGGGACUGGCCCCUUUUAGCCCUUUCCGUUGAUAAUUUUUAUGCUCUCUUUGCCUUUUUAUUGUCACAGGCAGUUCCGCUAUAGAAUCCCAAUCCACAAACAUCUGGACGGAAAGCCAAAGGAUUGGCCUUUUCACAGACGGAUCUUGUGCAUGGGAAAUGCCCUCUUCACCUUGUGGUUGUACAGUUAGCGCUGUCUUCAGCUGUCGGUGCCAGCACCGGACCUACCUUUUCCAUUCCAAGCGUCUCUCCCUGUCCGCCUCUGACCACUAGGGGCAGCAACACAUGCAUGACCCGCUUCCUUUCAUACAGAGCGCUGUUGGGAUGUGAUCUGAUUUUUGCAAAGGGAGAAAUAGUUUUACAUUCACACCCCCCACCCCCCCCACACACACCACCCCCACACACUCAUACUAAAUUGCAUCUGAAGGACUCGUAAUGGACAACAUUUCAGAAUAAAAAAAGAAAAAAUUGCAAUUAUAACCAGCUACUUAGAGGAAAGGUAACAUUACAAUAGAUAAAGCUGCUACAGUCUCCACUAUUAUAGUGAUAUAUAGUGCAAUGCACUAGUAAUACUGCUGACAGACUGCCUUAGGCACGCGUGUUGCCAGUUACUGAUGGCACGUGAGCGAUUAGUGGUAGAUCCUGUGUGAUUUUUAAUUUUAACAGUAGCGAGCAUGGUGAUCUGGGUAAGGAUCCGUUACCUGGUGAGCACCUAUGAGUGCUCUGUGCGGAAUCUCAUGUUUUCCGGAAUACACAGACCCAGACAAGAUCUUAUAUCUUUUACUAAUAAACACCUGAUAAACCGGGCCCUGCUAGUCUCACCGAAUGCAGGUGAAGUUUUUGUUUUUCUUCUACAGAUAAAAUUCUCACCACUGGGUACCACUUAAGCUAUAUAUAAACCUGGACUUUAUAUUCCUGGAUAUUUAAAGAGCGGACAGAGGCGACUUUGUAACCAGCUGUUGCCGCACAGUUUCGGCUCUUCCCAGCUGUCCAGAACAUAUGUAUGUAUAUUCCUUAACUCGCAACAUUCAGAUAUCUGUGACCUGUGGCUUGUACAAAUAUAUUCACUGUAACUCAUAGUUUAUCAGUGGUAUAUCCUCAAAGCAGCCCUAUAAAGGGACCCUUCUCUUCCGUACAGAUGGAACAGGCGCUGUUCAAUUUGCGGUUUUCUGCUGCUCGUAUUAAAGUGUUGUUGUCCGCGCAAGGGGGAGGGGGGAUGUUCAAUGGGGACAGCCAGUACGAAUGACCGUGCUCCAUACUGGAUCGCCAGGAGCUAUGUGUCACAGUGAUGUCACUGGUGCCUAGCGUACAGAGAGAGACUGCAGCCUCAAGAUGAUUAGUUGAGGCCACAAAAUCGCCUUUCCUCAUUUGUCACCAUUGAAAUUGAUAAGCUGCGUUCUCACGGAAAUUGGCACAACGCAGUACAGCCAACUGCGCCGUGUCGGCAACAUCAGUAUUUUCUAAACCACCAUAUUAAAAAAUUUUUUGUUUUUUUUGCUUUAAUCCCUGGAAAGAUGUGUUCCACAGUACUUCAGCUCUAUACCAAGCUUAGCCAUUUGGUAAACGUAUAUAUAAGUAUAUAUAUUUAUUAGGUGAUGUAUUCGUUCGUAAGAGACUGCACUUUUAACAGAUGGGUGUCCUCAGAUACCACAAUUAGAUUGUAAGCUCUUGGGAGCAGGGCGAGUUAUGCCUGCGCUGCAUGUUGGUAGCGCAAUGAAAUACCUUUUUUUUUUCUCAUCAUUUUACACAUUGAAGCUCCACAGAGAUCGAUAUGGACAAAUGAAAUCCAUUCCGUUUGCAGUGUUUUCAUGUCUUAUUUCAUUGUGUUUUUAAAUGUCUUUUUUUCAUUGUUUUUAUUAGUCUCGGAUUAAACAGUCGCCUCAGA